UUGCAGAUUGCGUAUGCAUACUUUCUGGUGUACGCACCACGAGCAGAUCGUUCAGUGUUCUUCGGACGAUUCAUUUCAGCCUUAAUGAUUCUGACUUCACAUCUUUUCACUACCUACCGUCUGUAUGAAACGAAUGCACGUGGUGUUCGACUCAACCAUCAAGUAGUUUUUAAAUAUCUUUUAUUAUCUGGUUAUAAUGAGGAAAUAGAUGCGAUGUGUCAGCGUACACGACGUUGGGUGGAAACCAGAGAUACGCGUUCAACUGACAAUCUUCUCUUCUUCGAUUCUGCCUUCAUCGCCUCAAAUGCAUUCCUACAUUUUGCGUUUCCACAUCAGAUCCUCAAAACUACGAUCAAAUCCGAAUACGCUCUCGAUGCUGUACAUUUGAUGUUGGCUCGUCAAUACGGUGCGUAUUUGAUCGCAUUUGCAUUCGUUUCGGUUCUUGCCGUGCAUUUCACACUGAAGAAUCAACGCAUUUACGUGCUCUCGAGAAUUAUCAUGCAAAUGAGCAUGGUCGUUCUGAACGUUUUGGGUCAUUGGAGUGAUUCCGUAUAUCAUACACAACACAUCAUACCGUUCAUGAUAUCAGCAUUCUAUAUCACCUUCCUCAUAUCGUUGUUCUAUCGUUUACAACGUAUUGACGAUCGUGCGUGGAACGGCGAAAAGAUAACCAUCACCAGAAGAAUGAAAUCACCAUCAAUGGAAGGAAGACAUGAGAAAAAAGUGUAA